ACCCUGGGAGGGGGGACACUGCCCAGAGCCGUGCCAGCUGUGACACCUGGCCUUGGGGGGCACAGAGCCCCACUCCCCGUGGCUGCUGCCCCACAGAUUUGGGGGAGUUUGCCCACUGGCCGUGACCCUGGGAGGGGUGACACUGCCCAGAGUUGUGCCAGCUGUGACACCUGGCCUUGGGGGGCACUCCCCAUGUCUCCUGCGACCCCCCCUGAGCGGCGUGCCCCCCUCCCCACAGCCCCCCUGCACAGCACCUACCACGAGGACGGGCCCCCCUCCUACUAUGACAACCAGGACUUCCCGUCGGCGCACUGGGACGACAAGAGCAUCCGGCAGGCCUUCAUCCGCAAGGUGUUCCUGGUGCUCACGCUGCAGCUGACCGUCACCUUCGCCUUCGUGACCGUCUUCACCUUCGUCAAAGGCGUGCGGGGCUUCGUGCAGCGCAACGUGUGGACGUACUACGUGUCCUACGCCGUGUUCUUCAUCUCCCUCAUCGUCCUCAGCUGCUGCGGAGACUUCCGCCGCAAGCACCCCUGGAACCUCGUGUCCCUGUCCAUCCUGACUGUCAGCCUGUCCUACAUGGUGGGGAUGAUCGCCAGCUUCUACGACACCGAGGCCGUCAUCAUGGCUGUGGGCAUCACCGUCGUCGUCUGCUUCACCGUCGUCAUCUUCUCCCUGCAGACCAAGUACGACUUCACCUCGUGCCGGGGCGUGCUCAUCAUCUGCCUCGUGGUGCUCGUGCUCUUCUCCAUCCUCUGCAUCUUCAUCCGGAACCGCAUCGUGGACAUCGUCUACGCCUCGCUGGGGGCCCUGCUCUUCACCUGCGUGAGUCGGGGGGCUGGCACCCCCAGCUGCUGAGGGGGGGAGUGCUGCCAGCACCCUUGGG